AUGCCAAGAAAGCAGAUCCGCUUGCUGAAUUGGAGAAAUCCGUUUGCUGAAUUGGAGAAGCCGGAGCAUGCGGUUCAAAAAGGUACUCCGUCACCAGCAUCACCCGUGCUCAGUUCGGAGCAUGCCAAAAAAACGGAUCCAUUUGGCGAGCUGGAUAAAAUGGAGGAGCGCGUCCAGAAGGUGGAUCCUUCCGAACUGGAGAAGUCAGCUCCGGCACCAGAGCAUGUGAAGCGAAGCGCCAAACCAAAGGCAGAGGUCGCUCCUGAGCAAAUCAACGUCUCCGAUUUGUCUGCAAAAUUGGAGAAGCUCAAGUCGCAGGAGAGUCAUGCCACUCAGGCAGAGGUCAAAGUAGCGAAGAUCACGGCGCAUCCCGUGAGCAAACUUGAACAAAGCAACGCUUCUCCAGAAACUUUGCAUGUGGCCACAAGUGAACCAUCCCGGAUUCCAAAAGCAGAAGUUGCUCCGAAAUUCGAGAGAAGCCAAGUUCUGCCCGCCUCACACGCGGCCAAGGAGGUCUCUGAGCCUCAGAUUGAGCGGGCGAAGAAGGAACCUGAGUCCAUGGAGUUCCAGCUUGAGGAGCUGAAGACGGCGCUGCAGGAGACGCGCUUGGAGCUGAAGAUGGUGCGCCAGGUCUUGGCAAACAGCGACGCGGAGAAGGAGAAGGCCAACGCCACGGCCAACGCCUCUCUUGCGGCCUCGGCCUCCGCUGCCUCGGCCUCGGCCUCGGCCUCGGCCUCCGCAGCCUCCGCUUCGGGCUUCUUCGCCCGGCUGAAGGCCUCGAUCUUCGCGGCCCCCGCGCGGCCCCGCCACACCGCGGGCGUGGCCGGCGGCGCGGCGGGCGCCGCUCCCAGCUCCAUGGCGGCCUUCUGGGGCCCCGCGAAGGCGGCUCCGACCGCGGGAGCUCUGACCGCGGGAGGCGCGGCGCCGCUUUCGGCUUCGCCGGUGGCGCUGGUGCAGCGGCGCAUGCGGGGCGUGGACUUCACCAAGAGUCAGAGCUUGGAGGUGCCGCAGGUGUCCAUCUCGGAGCCAUUCCGGGCACUGGAGCAGCAGGACCAGCAGGAGGAGCAGCGGCUGAAGGACAUGUACCGCCACCUGCGUCCACAGUCCGGCGCGGCGGAAGCCGCCGAGUCCGGGCAGCACUUCUCCGCUGUCUGGGCGGAUCUUGAGGAGCAGGACAAGAACAUCCAGGAGGCCCUGGUGGACCUGGACGACCCCCGGAGGCCACUGGACCUGCGGCAGUACCAGCGCCUCAAUGCCAUCCAGGAUGCCUCCAUGUCUCAGCUGGAGGGCAAAGUGUGCCUGGCGCAGGCGCCUCCUGACACCGGGAGCCUGCAGCGAUGCCAGCUGCAGGGGCGCCCCGUGCAGCUACAGGCGAUCGCCCCGCAGAGUGCGGCGCAGUGCGAGGCCUUCGUGGCGCUGGCCAACGUGGAGCCCAGCGGCGCGGAGCUGCUGUUGCGAUCCUCCACGCCCUUUGUGGAGAUCGUGCAGGGUCAGUCUUCCAUUGCGGAGAACUUGGCGCUUCUGACAGGGGCCAAGCACUUCACUCUUGCCGCGGGCUCGCCAGGUGUCCAGGACCAGGUGGGCUUGGCGCUGCUGGCGCUGAACCGCGCGGGCGCGGGGAUCGCGCAGGGCGGGCCGCUGGACGGGGAGGUCAGCAAGGUGGUGGAGCUGGAAGGCUGCGAGGAGUUCUAUCACCCGGCGGACGGCUGGCUGGAGGGCUGGCGAGAUGUGGCGCGCAGCGUGCAGCUGGCAAAGCGGAACGAGAGCUUCAUGGUGCAGCUUCCAAAGGGAAGCGUCAAUAAGAACAGUGCCGCUCUGAAAGCCAGCGACAUGUCGGAGGACGAGCCCGCACCGUCAGAGCCCGAGCCGGAACAGCAGGAUGCUCCGGCCAAAGCCAAGAAGGAUGAGGCCCCAAGCACUCUGAAGGUGCAGGCGAAGAGCGAAGCAAGCGACGCAGAGGGCGAGUCCGAGCCGGCGGAAGCUGACGAGCCUGCUGAGCAGGCAGAAGCUGAGCCAGCAGAACCGGCCAAAGCGAAGAAGGACAAGGCCCCAAGCACUCUGAAGGUGCAGGCGAAGAGCGAAGCAAGCGACACAGAGGGCGAGUCCGAGCCGGCGGAAGCUGACGAGCCUGCUGAGCAGGCAGAAGCUGAGCCAGCAGAACCGGCCAAAGCGAAGAAGGACAAGGCCCCAAGCACUCUGAAGGUGCAGGCGAAGAGCGAAGCAAGCGAAGCAGAGGGCGAGUCCGAGCCGGCGGAAGCUGACGAGCCUGCUCAGCAGGCAGAAGCUGAGCCAGCAGAACCGGCCAAAGCGAAGAAAGACAAGGCCCCAAGCACUCUGAAGGUGCAGGCGAAGAGCGAAGCAAGCGACGCAGAGGGCGAGUCCGAGCCGGCGGAAGCUGACGAGCCUGCUGAGCAGGCAGAAGCUGAGCCAGCAGAACCGGCCAAAGCGAAGAAGGACAAGGCCCCAAUGAAGGUGCAGGCGAAGAGCGAAGCAAGGCAGACGUCAGAGGAUGAGCCGUCCGAAACGUUGGACGAGGCGGAUGACACUGCCUCGUGA